AGUAAGUUUGUUUUGAUUAACGUAACCUCAAACUGACUUGCGCAUGUCAUUUAAGCAAGGAGCCGAUUGCGAUAUAUGCGCCUGUGAUAUGCGCUAGCACUCUUUAUGUCUAUGGCUUGAACCACAGAAUCAGAAAGAGACGAGGAAGACGAAAUACCCUUGCUUGAGCUUGUGAAAAUUGAGUUUUCUUGCCGCAUUUUCUGGCUUCAUACUUUUAGCUAAAUAAUGGCUUCCAGCGAAAGCAGCGGGGUUACGACAGGACAGCCCAAUUUGCAGAAACAAGACUUAUCAAAAUUGGAUGUUACCAAGCUCACGGCUCUAUCUCCAGAGGUGAUCAGUAGACAAGCUACCAUUAAUAUUGGAACUAUUGGCCAUGUAGCUCAUGGCAAGUCUACUGUUGUUAAGGCCAUAUCAGGAGUGCAGACUGUUCGUUUCAAGAACGAACUCGAGAGGAACAUUACAAUUAAGUUGGACAAGCUACAGUACGAUGAUAAAGGUUUCAUCACUUGGCCACACAGACUGAAAGGAGUUUCGGUAGAUAUCGGCAAGGCGAUUGACAAUCUCGAAAAGUGGGAACAAAGGGGACAGAAAAGAAAUCGGAGCUUUUUACGCACAAAAGAAUAUAAAAGGAACUUCGAAGUAGAAGCAAUCGAAGCUGUGGAAUAUGACGAGUUAGAUAGAGAACAUUUGUUUUUUAUUAAGUGGAAAGGAUGGCAUAGCGAAUCUAACACGUGGGAGCCUCUAGAGAACCUCAACGCUGAUGUUCUUUUAGAGCAAUUUCUCUCAAAUUAUUUUAAAGAUGAUGUGUUGAAGGCGUUGUCUGACAAGUUUGAUAUUGGUAUAAGUUCCGUUAGCAAUGAGCAGCUUCUGAGUGUGGUUCCAAAUGGGGAGCUUGCAAACGUUAUCAGUAAACUGAAUGCUCAGAAGCAACUUCUCAAGUUUUUGAAUAUGCGCUUUAAAGUACAAGGUACCAAGAGAUAUGAAGAUGGCAGGAAGGCUUUGUUAACCUAUUUGCUACUGUUGAAAAGAGAGCAACAAUUCGCCAAGAUCAGUCGCUGGGAGAGCCUGAUAAACAAGAUGGACAAGUCAGAGGCCCCGAUUUCAGUGGAAAACAACGCUGACCUGGAGUUUCCUCCAGAUCACUUCUGCUACAUCAACGAUUACGUUCCAACUGGUAAUAUUGAAUUUUCCACCAUUCCCGAUGUGCAUUGUGAGUGCCAGGAAUGCGGCCCGAGCAACAAAUCCUGUUGCGGCAAGCAAUUAAAUAGAGCAUAUACGUAUACACCGCGUGGCAGAAUAAACGUGAAUCCAGGCUUUCCUAUUUUCGAAUGCAACAAAUUCUGCAAGUGCACCUUAAGUUGCCGCAAUCGGGUUAUUCAGCAUGGGCGCAAAGUUCCUCUAUGUAUUUUCCGUACGUCCAACGGCUGCGGUUGGGGCGUGAAAGUAAUGAGAAAAGUCCCCUGUGGGGAAUUCAUUUGCGAGUAUGUUGGAGAGGUGAUCGACCAUGAUGAGGCAGAGCGCCGAGGCAAAGAAUACGACGCAGAAGGCCGCACUUACUUAUUCGAUUUGGACUAUAAUUCCAGUGACAAUUUAUAUACAGUGGAUGCGGGCGUUUAUGGCAACGUUUCGCAUUUUAUAAACCACUCAUGCGAACCCAAUCUGGGAGUUUACGCCGCUUGGAUCAAUUGCCUGGACCCAAACUUACCCAAGCUGGCCCUGUUUGCUUUAAGGGAAAUUCAAAAAGGAGAGGAACUGUCGUUUGACUACAUGAUGAACAUCGAUCAGCCUGUAUCGAAGACGCCAGAAAAAAGCAGGCCGAAACUGCAGACUCCUGAUAAAACGACCGCGCAAUCUAAUCGGCCUUCUUGUAAAUGCGCUGCUGAUAGUUGCAGGAAGUAUUUGUUUUAGACAUUAGGAACAAUCGACGACAAAGAAAAUUGAAAGGAAUCUGGACGGAAAAGAUUCGCGUGGGUUAAGGGCGUAGAUUUAGCGUACUUUGAUCAAUGCUAAUAGCAAUAGCUAAGCGAAACUCAAAUUGGGCAUGUCAAACCAUGUCCAUUGUUUAAUUUUUCGCGUUGAAAAAUUCCAUUUUGUUGUAAUAGUUUAUUGUUAACACCUGUAUAGACAUUGUUAACACCUGCAAAUCAUUUGUUACCCUUAAGUGAAAGUUUACUCAGUGUUAUUUAAUUACUGUUCGGCCGAGUUAAUUGAUGUUUUUUUGUUAAGUAGGAUAGAAGUUUUAGCAGAUUUGUUAUUGACAUUAGCAUGAGGUAAUUUUUAUAGCCACUUUAGUUGUUCAAUCUCAGAUUACUUCAGUGAAUGCCCGUUUAUCAUACAUUACAUUUUUGGUCAUAAAUUUUAAUACUUGUGUUUGUUUGGAAUAGAAUAAAUUGACCAUUAAAGUUAA